AAUCCGCUUAGCGUGCAGUCUUGUCGCGAGUGAGUCAAGAAAGCCAAGCCGAGUUGCAGUUUCCCUCCGAAAUAAUGACGCUUUUCACCACAAGGGACGAGCCGAGCAGAGUAGCUGGAAAUCACUGACAUUGAGUGUGACGGCUUCUGAUAGGCUCUAAAAAGAAGAGUUGGAGAUGGAGGACUUUUGGGCUGUUGUGGUUUGGGCUGGGAGGAUCUGGCUGUGCCUGAUCGUCAGCCUCAUUAUGAUCCCUGCCAUGUUUGGCUUCUCACUGGGCAUCUCGGAGACCUACAUGAACAUCUUGGUCAAAAUAUUGGAGUGGGCCACACUAAAGUUGCAGAAGGCAACAACAGAAGAACAUGCACUCAAAGCUUCUGCAUCCAGUGCUCUCAUCCAGAGGGAAGACGGCUCCAUGGAGAAAGAGUUAGAGGAACUAAGACGAAGUCGCCCCAAACCUCCAGUGGGCGGCGAUUUCACACUUAGCGACUGCUUCUAUUUCACCCGCCGAGGAAUUGAGAGCAUUGUGGAGGAUGAAGUGACCCAGCGGUUCACUUCAGAGGAGCUGGUGUCUUGGAACCUUCUGACCCGCACCAACAAUGACUUCCAGUACAUCAGUCUGAGGCUAACGCUGGUCUAUGGACUUGGCAUUUUUGUCCGAUACUGCAUCCUCGCACCUCUCAGGAUAACUCUGGCCUGCAUUGGCCUCACCUGGCUGGUCAUCGGGACAUCUGCAGUGGGGCUGCUCCCCAAUUGGAGGGUGAAGUUCUGGCUCAGUGAGUGGGUCCACGUCAUGUGCUACAGGAUCUGUGCCCGAGGCCUCUCCGCUGCUAUCCGCUAUCACAACAGGGAAAAUAUACCCCAAAAAGGAGGCAUUUGUGUGGCUAAUCACACCACCCCCAUUGACAUCGUGAUACUCUGCAAUGAUGCCUGCUAUGCCAUGGUGGGCCAGGUGCACGGAGGUCUCAUGGGGGUGAUCCAGCGGGCCAUGGUGCGAUCCUGUCCCCACGUGUGGUUCGAGCGAGCCGAGAUGAAAGAUCGUCAUCUGGUGACCAAGAGGUUGAAAGAUCACGUGAAUGACAAGACAAAGCUCCCCAUAUUGAUAUUUCCAGAAGGAACCUGUAUCAACAACACGUCAGUCAUGAUGUUUAAGAAGGGGAGUUUUGAAAUUGGAGCAACAAUUUACCCCGUUGCCAUAAAGUAUGACCCCAAGUUUGGAGAUGCCUUCUGGAACAGUUCCAAGUACAGCAUGGUGAACUAUCUGCUGAGGAUGAUGACCAGCUGGGCUCUUGUCUGCAAUGUCUGGUAUCUACCCGCCAUGCAUCAACAGGAGGGGGAAGAUGCCGUCCAGUUUGCCAACAGAGUCAAGUCAGCCAUCGCUCACCAGGGAGGACUCGUGGACCUACAGUGGGACGGAGGCCUGAAGCGAGCGAAGGUGAAGGACUCGUUCAAGGAGCAGCAGCAGAAGCAGUACAGCCACAUGGUGGUGGGAGAUGACAGCAGUAGUAACAGCGACUGAGAAGAUGCCGCCAGGACCAGACGGCUCCCCCCUCACCCCCAAAAGUCCUCUCCUCGCGACCUGGACGGACGUGCUUUCACAUACUGUGUCUUGCGCAAGUGCAAUAGUGAACUUUGAGGAGAUGAAUGGCGAAUGCGCUGCUGUUAUUUCUAUAUUUCUUGAUCUUGAUUGUCAUGAUGUUGAACGUAACUCAUUGAAUACAAAGAGAGUAUUUGAUACAAACACCGGAUGCCUGAUGACCACUUCAUGUGCUGCUCUGUUUUUUUUUUGUUUUUUUUUUUCUAAAUUAGAGUUUACAAAUGUUGCCAUCCCCUAAUUGGCCGGGAUUUUUUUUCUGGUGCAUGACAUGAAUGUAGCAGCAUGGUGUCGUAAUGGUUCUCACCGCUGAGGUUCUCGGUUUGAAUCUCAGCUCUGGCUUUGCUCUGUGGAGUUUACAUGUUGUACCCCCUCUAUCGAGAACUGCUGGAGAACAUUAAAUGUACACGGGAAAACAUUGUGAUACACAGUCGCACAUAGACCAGUUUUCAUUUGGUAUUUGGAAAUAAUGCCACUCCGUUUCUAACAUGCUCCAAAUUUUGACAUUACCCACGGAUUCCUAAACAGCUGAAACAAAUUGUGAUGUACGGCACGUAAAUAACACCAAACUUGACAAUAAAUGUGCCGGAUGCAAUUUGUGAGGUGAUUAAAGUAGAA